UUUUUUCCCUGUAAUAGAAGCUUGGGAGUGGCUAUGCUCAGGGCCAGCCCUGCGCCAUGCCUUCAAAGGCCCACCGUGUAUUAACGACAGGACCUUGCUUCAUUUUACCCGCGAGGAUCUCACGAAUUGCGCUAUGGCGAUGGUGGACGACAAGGAACCGGAAGUGUGUAGCAGCAAAGUCCCAUGCCCAGGAUCUCCAGUCGGCAUUUCCGUCGAAAAUCCUUCCUUUCAGUCUCUGAAUACUGGUGCUCUAUGCCCUACACCGAUGACGAGUCGCUCCCAGGUACAUUUGGAAGAUUACUCCCACGUAAAUCUGUCGACUCGACGUCUACCCCGUCACGGUUCCCGGCCUCCAUCCAUUGCGCAGAUACCAAUUGACCAGGGCUCUAUACGCGCCUACUCAUGCUCCAAUGCAUCACGGUCGUCCCAGGAUGUCAGACAUUCAAUGUCCAAUUUGGCCACAUACACCCACCCGGUCAACUCAUCUUGCCAUCGGCUCUCGAGUUCUCGACCUGGCCCUCUAGUAGUGACCCCCCCAUCUCCCAAGUUUGAUACUGCCUUUCUGGUGAUGCAACUAACGCCUGCUGUGAAACACGAUGGAUCGGAUUGUGCUAUACCGGGCGGCAUCACUACGUUGACUGCGGCCUAUCCAGCCUUUUGGCCCUUAGCGCCUCAACAGGUUCAAAGAUAUGAGAGAGAACUUGUAGCCCCCAACCGAACGGAAUACUGGAUCGAUCCUCUGACAAUUUCCUUUCAUCCUGAUCAUUGUCACGACGGAUGGUCAACGUAUGUGCACCCUGAAGGCGCUCGCUACUUUGUUCACGAGAGGAAGGUACUCCCGUGCACCGGUAACUACCAUGACUCCAUGAUAUCCUCCGGCUGUUUGUUACCGAGGAUAUUCACCGAUAUCAAUGUCUGUGAAUCGGAAAAGCUAGAACUCGUUACGAAAUUUAUGGUCGAUAUGGAAGACUACAUACGGGCAAAAGGCGUCAACAUACAUCCUAACGUUGAUCUUGUGUUUGACCUCAUCCGAGAUCCGGACAGCGGUAACAUUUGUUGUGCGUAUUACUUUGCAAGCCAUGACAAUCGGUCUACCUUUUGGCUGGACGACUUCGAUGCCACCUAUCUCAACAGAUGCAACGAAGUUCGCGGUGUCACUGAGUUGUCCCAUAUCGGUCACGAAAUAGAGGCGCAAUAUUGGUAUCAUUGUCAACUGUUUCCUACGUGCCUAGAGAUGACCGAAGAUAUCAUUGACGAGCUCAGGGAUAUCCUGAUAUAUUGUCUUGGAGAUACCAUGACCUCGCCGACGCCCAACUCUCCCUAUGGUGUUAUAGACCUACAACCAAUGCUAAAUCUUACGAAUAGUAUUAAGGAGUCCGUCAAAAAAGAUCAAAGAGGGCUCCCGGGUUCCGUGUGCAGUAUAGGUCGUUUCAUGUAUAUUUUCGUCCAACAGCGAUUUUACAACUUCCACGGUCAGCCUGGAGCCCGGCUUGAGCGCGAAAAGUCAGUUUACGGACGAAAGCCUAAACGUACGGCACUCAUUACCUUGCUAUCGCCAUUGUUGUUCUUUGCUCCUGAUAUUCAUCUCGCUUCCCUCGAGAAGAUCUGGGGCGACGGACUAGUCAGCAAAGUGUCCUGGGGUAUCUUCAUUGAGAAACUCAAUGCCGAAUGGCAAGAAUUCAUCCUUUAUUCUACUGUUUUACUCAACGCCAACGUCGCUUUCCUGGCUAUUCAGAGCGUCGAUGAUUCCAGUGAUAACCCAGGACGGUCGCCUGCCCAACUAUCGAGUUACCUUUCAACCAUCGCAAGUAUCGGCAGCAUCAUUCUGGGUCUGCUUCUGAUUCGGAAGCAUCGCUCCAAGGCUCGUGAUUCCUCUGAGGAAGCAUGGCUGUUUCUUCGCUCACAAAAACACAACAAGACCGGUCUGGAGACACUUGCUAUCUUGUAUGGCUUGCCUUAUGCUCUACUCAUGUGGGCCAUGGUUUCAUUUCUUGCUGCGUUCAGUCUUAUGUGUUUCACCGCUUCUAAUUCGACCGUCCGAAUGCUCGUGGGUAGCGCCUGGUUAGCUAUCGGCGUUCUCAUUCUCUGGUGUAUCAUGACAUCAUGGGAAACCAAGCAGCCGGACCACCGUUGGUACGGGAUAUUGCUUGUGUUUUUGGAUCAGGUUUGGCAUCGAUUACAUGAACCGAUGGAUUGGAAUAUCGCGGAAAAACUCAGUAACUUAAAUUGGCCACUACGUAGGCCCUCGAUGGACUCGAGGGAAACGGCUGUGGUAUGAUUGAGCGGCGACGAGCUGAUAGGUGCUUGUAUGUACGUUGUUAUAGUGUUCUAUUAGUAUUGCAUAACUAGUAUUAUCUGUAUCGAUAGCUUUCUGAAUCCUCUAAAUCGUGCUUCA